AUGUCUUUUUUUCAGUUUGAAAAAUACCAUCGCGGUGGUUUCGAGGCGAAGAUGUCGAGAAGAGAAGCUGCCAUGAUCCUAGGAGUUCCAGCUACCGCUAAGCCAAAUCGAAUAAAAGAAGCCCACAAGCGCAUCAUGAUUGCCAAUCACCCUGAUCGAGGUGGCUCUCCAUACUUGGCUGCAAAGAUUAACGAAGCCAAGGAUUUGCUGGAGUCAACGAAAAGUUAA